CAGGAAACGUAGUCUGCUCUGCCUCUGUCAUGGAAUCUCAAAUUUCCUGACAGAAAGUAAGCAUGAAGAUGAAGGUUUCAAGACAAUUUUGGGUAAAAUGUUUUAUUGGACGUGCGUCUAUGACAUUUGAAAUGAAUUGUUCCAAUGCGAUCGUAUUUCUGUUUCACAUGAAACGUUACAUUUGAAACAGUCAUGAGGCAAAUGGUAACGUUUCAUAGAUAAGAAGUGACAAUACAUAUAAAAGAACACAAGAUGACAUAAUUCAGUAGACUCGUAAAAUGAUAAAUUGCAUGUAGCUAAAAAACAUAAAAUGAACAUUACUCUGUUCCGGCAUCGCAUACCAUUAAUUUUUCACGAAAAAUGCAGUGUUUAAGUUAUAAAGACGUGUGUCACACAAACAGACGCACAGACUGAACUAUACGCACGAGUCGAGAAAGGAACAAAUACAGCAAAGAAUGUGUAUUAUGUGUUCAUUCCAGAUAAUCGCUUCUUUCAUGAAUACAUAAAUAAAUAUUUAAUAAAAUAAUAUAAACACAUAAUCACCUGUAAAUCAUAACUAGACAACAACGGUACCUACACACAAAACUAAUCAAACCGUGACAUGAAAUAUAACAAUUGAAUCCCAAGGUGGCGAGUACAAUUAUAUAGAGGGUGAUUCAAAAAUAAUACCAAAACCUUGAAAAUUUGUAUUUAAUUGUAGCAACAAAAUAGAACAAUGGGUUACAAAUCAAAACGAUUGAGGGGGGUGGGGAGAGAAUCGAAAUCUUGCAGGUGCGUGAUCAUGUCCUAGAGCCGUAUUGAUCUGUGGGCAGUUUCACUUGCUCUUCCAACUUCCUUUCUUCAAGCAUGCCCAGAAAGCAGAUUCAAAAAAUUGGUCUCCACGAACCGACCCUUUUUCUUGGACAUCAGCACUAAUGUCUCUAUAAUCCUCAAAAAUACUUUCGGCGACACACUUGCACUUUGAGCUUGUUUUAUUUUAUUUUGCAGUUCUUGUCAUUUGCAGUUAUUUAAGCAUUCCACAUGCCAUAUUAUAGUCCCAAUAAUGAUGGCCUAUGUUCCCCGUUAUUGUCCUCGCCAACCUAUUCAAGCUUGCUAAUGGUGAAGCGUCAGAUACCGUUAUCACAGACUUAUCUCAUUCGGUUUUAUCGAUUACUCAGCUUUUUAUCACCUGGAUUACAUGUAGGGUUUAAUUAAAUUAAAUACGUGUAACUAACUUUGCGUUAUACUAGUAAGAAUCAUGCCCCGCCCUCUAAUAAUAAAAAUUGAAAAUAGUAAUGCCACGAGUCCUAUUCGAACUGCUCAUCGAACUCAAUUGGUGGUACGUAGCAGGUCUGAAUCGCACAGUGCCAUGGUGCAGUCUAACGGUAUGGUACGUAGUCUAAUUAGUUUGUACGAAUUUCCUGAUGAGGGCCCAGCGUAUAUGACUAAGGCAAAGUCGUUGCAAAAUUUGGGCGAUCCGGAACCGUCGGUACGAAGAUCCGCGCAUAUUGAAAUGCCAGGAAUGAAGACCUUUGACUUCAGGAGGGUUUGGAGCAAGUUCGAGACACAUAAUAAGCGCGAGACGGUGACUAAUACAGUUAAAACCUCGCACAGUGGAAUUCAGCAAAGAGCGGAGCAGCUGCUGCAGCAGUACCGUGGAGUUGAGGACAGGCUGUGGAGCGAGCGCGUCGUUGAUUUGCUAAGGGACAUUUGCAAUAAGUGCGAUCGUGGAAGUAGCGAGGAGGUGGUGGAAGAGUCUUCGACUACAGUCAAUUCAAAAAGUCAAAAAGUUAGGGACAUCGCCAGCCUUUACGAGCGAAAGAUUGGUAAUGGGCCGACGACAGUGAAACCAAAUUUCGCCAAAUACUUUACAAGUGCGACAAAUCCCACUGAUGCAACCAGUUUACCUAGCGAGGGUAGCGAAAGUGAUUUAAGUGAAUAUAGUGAGCUCAAUUCCAGCAGUGUGAACAUAACCGAGUUGAGAUCCCAUUUCGAGCCUAGCAACGGCGAACGUGAGGUCGUACGAUUAUUACCCCCUCCUAAGAUAAGCCUUCUUGAAGACGAUCAAAAGGAAGACUCCAUGCAGAGGAUUGCCGCCUUAAUUGAUAACAUCGAAAAGCAGCAGCAACGGAUUGCAGCACUAUCCAAGGAGGACUACGAGGAAGGGCCCAAAAUCAAUGAGGAGCUAAUACAAGCGCUGAUUAAGUUGGAUGAAGUGCCGACCUUGGGAGAUGUUACCUUGCAAGCGGAGCGUAAGAAAGCAAUUUUGCUUGUGCAGGCUAGUAUUAGACAGCUCAUGGACAAAAGACGAUCUUCAUAAAUAAAUAAAUAAAUUGUAUUAAGGCGCCCGUACCCGGUUUUUAUUUAGAUCUGGUAGUUUUUCUUCGUGUAAUUUUUGAGUUUUGGUUAAAGUAAAAGAUACCAUAUUAAUAAAAGUAGAUUCAUAUCCCUCUAGGUACUUCGUAUUUCUUGCCGAUGCAGCCCCAAGGUGAGAAUUGCGAAAGAACAUUCUCUAGAUUUAUUUGCUAAUGGUCUCGAUUUUGCUGAUUUUUUUUAAUACCACACACAUCCCUGGUACCUGGACACAAUUUGCAUGUAUCAUUGCAAGAGUGUACUACAUUGGUGCUUAAUAUCCUAUGUCUCAGAGUCCAAAAAGAUGUUGUAGCCUGGGUGGUUCCAUUCAACUUCGACA